CGAAGGUGGGGAUUCGUGGAGGAUGUGCUAAGCGCAGGCGUUGCAGGGAGAAUCGCUGCCUCGUCGUCCUUGGAUCGAGCAAAGCUACCAGCCAGCUAGGCAGCUAGCCAGCUAGCCAACCUGUGAGCCUGGUGGUUGCGUGCGUGCUCGGUUGCGUGGGUGUGCUCGCGUCGCUGUUUGGUAGUUGCUCGUCUAUCUGCCGCCUGUCGUGGGAGCGCUUACGGCACGCGUUCUCUAAAGGACUCUGCCAUUGCACCCUCGCCGCUCAGCGCGCGCGAGCUCACACAGGCAAGCACGACGAAGGCGUUCAUCCUCUUCUUGCCUUCCUCCUCCUCCUCCUCCUCCGCCUCCUUCCAGGCGACGCUGGUGUGAGUGCUUACUCGAGUGUCUUCGUUGAGCUGGUUGGGAUCUGCACACUGCGAGCCGGGUCGGUCCUCCGGGUGGGUGGUGGAGGAGAUCCUCCGCUGUUCUCCCGGGGAAGCACGGCGCGAGGUUGAGCGGAAGCAAGUGAAGGGGGUGUGCGCGGGGAAACCGAAGCGCAGGGCAGGGAAAUCGACAUCUUCUGGGCUUCUCAUAAGCUCGCGGGCGUGGAUCGGGACGGGUCGAAGCCGCGCCAAUGGCGGGACUGGGUCUCGCCGGGCGCGCGAUCGCGACUGUGAGAGGGGCGUCGCCAUCACCAGUGCUGGGAGGGUACAACCUUGUUCCAGUGGGAGAGCGAGAGUACCGUGUGGUCCCAGAUGGACAGUGUCGCGGCCGAGUGAUUUCCGGAGUGGACUCGAUCACUAAUGCCAGCGCCAAGCUAAGACUCGAUGAGAGGACGCCGGCCAAGGCCAAGAGAUCUGUCAGCACCGACGGUUUCACCAGUAUUUUAGGGGGAAGUAACCGGAGCGGGAUUGACAGGUCUUAUGGACUCUGCAAUUUUAUGCUGUACAGUAUUGAUAACCUUUCAAGCUUAGGUUCGUUUGGUUCAGGGAGAUGGUUAAGAGAGGCAACUGUGGUAUUCUGGCACAGUAAAAGCUACAGGUGCAGUUUGAUUGGAAACUGUAAUUUAACAAGGGCUAGGAAAUCGGGGUCAGAUGGACCGAGAGACGUCAAGGGGGCGGUUGGGAAACGGAUUGCGGAGCGCGGAGGGUCAGCCAAAGAUGCCACGACAGAUUUGACAUCAACAGACAUUACGGAGAGCCAUGUCGGGACGGCGGACUCGAUGGAGAUCAAGACGAAUGUCAUUGAGAUGCCGCCUAACGAGCGACGGAGAGGGGUUGUGGACUCUGAGGUGGCGGUCAAGGCGGGGGAGCUGGAGCUCCACAAGGAGAAGGAGAAACAGAAGCGGACCAUAGAGCAGAGGCUGGCGGCGGAGGCAAGGGAGAAAGAGCGGCAGCAGCUGGAAGAGCGAGAAACGGAGAGAAAGCUUCUGCUGCAAACGAAGGAACGGGAGAGAAAGCUGAAGUUGGAUCAGAAAGAGAAGGAGAGAACGAUGCAUGCGGAAAAAAUGGAAAGAGAGAGAAUCCUGGCAGAACAGAAGAGGCUGGCGGAAGAAAGAGAGAGGGAAAGGAAGCUGAAGGCGCAGGCAGCGGCGGUCGCAAAGAGACAAGCAGCGAUUGCUCGUCUGCUGGAGGUUCAUGCAGAAGAUAAAUUGUUCUCUUACCCAGAGGUGAUUGAAGCUGGAUCAACGGCCGAGUUGUUUCUGAAUCGGCCCUUGACGUCUCUCCAGAAUGAGCCCAGUGUUUUCUUGAAAGGAGCCUUCAAUGACUGGCAAUGGCGACCGGCGAACCAGGUGGUCAAGAAGAGCAAAUAUGGAGAUUGGUGGAGUGUGAAAGUUGAAGUUCCAGAGGAGGCCUACAAGUUUGACUUCGUAUUUUUCAACGGGGAGUCGAUCUACGAGAACAAUGGCGGUCAAGACUUUCAUCUCAAGGUCGCAGGGGAGUGGGACGAGAGGAAGUUCCUCGACUUCCUGGCAAUGGAAAGGGUGAAAGAGCUUGAGCGUUUGGCCAAGGACAAGGAAGAGGCGGAGCGAAAAGCAGAGGAGGAGAGGAGGGUCUCACAAAGGAUAGCCGGAAUCGAAGCCGACAAGAUCCAGGCAAGGAGGGAGGUCGAUGGACUGAAGGCGAAGGCAGAGAUGAGACGCACGGAAGCAGUACGCGCUAUGGAAACGGUCUGGUUUUCUAACCCCGCGGAGAUUAGUGCUGGGAAGAAAGCCAAGUUGUUCUAUAACCGAGAGUUCCGCUCUCUUGCUCAAAGCGAGGACAUUUGGAUCCAUGCUGGUUAUAAUGGUUGGAGCACAGGAGUGUCCAUUGUUCAGAAGUUAUACUCUGCCGAAAAGGACGAUGGCGAUUGGUGGUAUGCUGAAGUUGAUGUUCCAAGGGAUGCAUUCCUCCUUGAUUGGGUGUUUUCAAAUGGACCUGCUGGCAAAGGCACUAUUUAUGACAACAAUCAUCAGCGAGAUUAUCAUGCGAUUGUAAACGAUGGGAAAGUGGACGAAUUCUGGAAUACCAUUGAGGGAAACAUUUUCCAGCGGCUUCAGAAGGAGCGACAAGAGCGAGAGGAAGCUGCUCAGCGUCUGAUCGACCGGCGAGUACGCCUGAAGGCAGAGCUUAAGCAGAAAACGAAGCAAGCUUUCUUGCAGUCACAAGCACAUAUCAUUUAUACGAAACCAGAGGAGGUCAGGGCUGGGCAACAUGUAACAGUAUACUACAACCCGCAGAACACAGUGCUGCAUGGACGCACGGAGGUCUGGAUGAGGGGGUCGUUUAACAGGUGGACGCAUCGCUCUGGAUGCUUCAUGCCCCUGAAAAUGAAUCCAUCCGGGAACGGUCCUCACAUGGAAGCUACAGUGUAUGUGCCAGUUGAUGCUUACAUGAUGGAUCUUGUGUUUUCGGAGCGAGGAGAUGCUGACGGUGGCUUCUAUGACAACCGAGGCGGACUGGAUUAUCACGUGCCUAUUGCUGGUGGCUCGGUCAGGGAGCCUCCCAUGUCAAUUGUCCAUGUGGCUGUGGAAAUGGCUCCCAUUGCGAAGGUUGGAGGAUUGGGUGACGUUGUCACAAGCUUAUCGCGGGCUGUGCAGGAGGCAGGUCACAAAGUCGAGGUUGUUCUUCCCAAGUACAACUGCAUAGACUACUCGCAGGUACGCAUUUUGCAGGAAGGGAAGGAUUACAACUGGGGCGGAACGAGGGUCCGGACGUGGUGUGGUGAAGUCGAAGGCUUGACGGUGCAUUUCCUGGAGCCAGAGAAUGGGAUGUUCUGGGCGGGGUGCAUCUACGGUCGGAAUGAUGAUGCGCAGCGGUUUGGCUUUUUCUGCAACGCAGCCCUCGAAUUCCUGUUGCAAUCAGGGCGGAAUCCUGAUAUCAUCCACUGCCAUGACUGGUCAUCAGCCCCAGUUGCUUGGCUUUACCAGGAACAAUACAAGGAGCAUGGGCUAAAUAACUCUCGUAUUGUUUUUACGAUUCAUAACAUGGAGUUUGGCGGUGCAGCCAUUGGCAAGGCCAUCGCCAAUGCCCACAAAUCGACGACGGUGUCACCAACGUAUGCGAGAGAGAUUUCAGGUCAUGGGAGUGUUGUCCCACAUUUGGGGAAGUUCCACGGGAUCCGCAAUGGUAUCGACCCUGAUAUCUGGGACCCCUUGGGUGAUGCGUACAUUCCGGUGAAGUAUGGUGCAGAAGAUGUUGUGCAAGGCAAGCAAGCAGCUAAAGAGGAGCUACGGCGGCGGCUGAAUCUGCGGUUCGUUGACAGACCUAUUGUCGGCAUCGUAUCAAGGCUGACUGCGCAAAAAGGCAUUCAUCUCAUCAAGCAUGCCAUAUGGAGGACACUGGACAGAGGUGGACAGAUUGUGCUCCUUGGAUCUGCACCAGAUGGACGCAUUCAGAAUGAAUUCCAGCAGCUGGCACAUCAGCUUACGGAGCAGUACGGCGACAUGGCGAGGCUCUGUCUCUCCUAUGAUGAACCGCUUUCUCAUAUGAUAUAUGCCGGUGCGGAUAUUAUUUUGGUGCCAUCAAUGUUUGAACCUUGUGGGUUGACGCAGAUGAUCGCUAUGCGCUAUGGGGCCAUCCCAGUUGUCAGGAGAACUGGAGGUUUGGUUGACACUGUUUUCGACGUGGAUCAUGACAAAGACCGAGCUCAGCAUGAGGGGCUGGAGCCAAAUGGUUUCAGUUUUGAGGGCACUGAUGCCGGAGGAUUGGACUAUGCUUUGAACAGGGCAUUAUCGGCUUGGUACGAGGACCGUCCUUGGUUCCAGUCCUUGUCCCGGAGAGUGAUGGAACAGGAUUGGAGUUGGAAUCGUCCGGCACUUGACUACAUUGAGUUGUAUUACGGUGCAAGGAAGCUGUAGGCAGUUGUAUUCAUACGGUGCAACGUAUCCCUCAUGACUGGUUUCCCUCUCUUUUCAAGAGAGCCUAGGCAAUGUGUGUGUGCUUUCUGCACAGACAAGAGGAACGUAUUGAAGUGACGUAUGGGCAAGGAGACAUCUUGAUCACCAUGCAGCUAUGGUAUGUUCUUCCGAAGAGUUAAUUUGACAAAGGAAGAGAGGAGCGGCGGUAUAUCAGGACUGCAGCACGGAUGAAUGGACGGAUGGAGCAGCAUGAGGAUCGUAAUGCAGCUGUCGUGUAUGUUUAUUCACAGCCUCUUGGCAUAUGUUUAUUCACAGCCUCACAUGCUGUGGCAUGUUUAUUUACACCCUCACAUUAUGUAUGUUUAUUCACAGCCGCACAUUGUUUUGUGAUGGCUGGUGUGUAUGUCCAAUCCAAGAUUCGAGCACACAACCUACGGCUUGCAGUGCAGACACCUAACCAAUAGGCUUAAGUUGGCUGGAGGAAUGUUGCAAGUUACAUAUAAUGUAGGCAGACGAGCAUGAUUGAAGGAGAUGAUCUUGGCUAGAGGUAAGGUAGACAAGCAGGAGGUGACGGAUUGGAUUCACGGAUGGGAGUGACCGAGGGCAUGGGACAUGCCAAUUUCUUAAUGAUGCGGCUGCGGUGAUGUUGUUGAGCAUAGCACACUAAGUCUUUGUAGUGGCCUAUUUAGGGGUUCGGAAAAAAGCAAGGAUCGUAGAAUGGGGGAGGUCGGGACACAGGUUGGGGAUGGAUAAAAGGGUACAGGAGUUGGUGGUGGCAUUGUAGACUCCUGUUUGUUUCUUUGUCCUCCUCUGCUUUUCUCCUGUGUGCUGCUUUGCUGGUUGGAGCAGAAAGUAGGAUGGUAUUAGGUAUAGGAUGGAUGGAUGGUUUCGCGUUACUAACAUUCGGGGGGGAGUAAAAGCUUCAAAGAUGUCAUUGUCGCUUUGCAGGGUAAAGGCUCAGAAUACUGGUGGUAGGGUGUGCUUGUGGAUUUGUUGUUUAGUUAUUAUUUGAAAGUAUUUGUGAGUUUGUAGAGGACAUUUGAUUGUCAUGGUAGGCAUUGGUAGCCAGAUGGCAAUCAUGGCCUUUCAUAAUCUUUUAUCUUCCCAUGUCUCUCUCUAUCUUGAGUAGAGUUUGUGGAUAUUUAGCUCAGUAAGAUUGUAGCAUAGUUUCAAGUGGGAACUUUCGACUUCUUUCGACUUCUUUCGACUUCUUCGACUUCUUUCAACUUGCCUUCUCAACAACGUGUGUUGAAUCUGUCUGUGACAGAGACCGACUGUCAUUCUCGCCACAGUAUCGAGAUUAGGACUUUCCUAGGUUGUCUCGAGGACCACGGCUGCUUCAUGUAGUGCUCUCUGUCCCUUGUGGCUUCUGAGGAGCUAAGGACACAUUUACAGCCAAUGGAAUGGCAAUGGCUCUCUGCUUGUCAUUUGGGGGGCAGUGCCCCGUCGCCAGAGGAUGGCAUUUACAUGUUUGUUCCUGUUCAAUCUUGGUAUCAAUCUUGGUAUCAAUCUUGGUAUCGUCUCUGAUCGCUCUAAAAGAAUUUGAGAUCAUGGUGAGCAAGGAAUGAUGACAGCCCUUUAUGUCAUUGAGCUAUGGUUUGCGGUCAAUCGUGACUUAUGCGUUGUGAACUCUAAACUGUGAGAAGGUCGUUGCCGACGUUUGUUUGGUUCUGGCUUGAUAACAAUACGCUCUGCCUCGUUUGGAUGUGAGAGGAGUGAAGGUGAGGGCUGAGAUACGCAGGCAACGAGUGCGAAAAAUGUGUUGAAACGUGGGUGUGCUGAAAUCUGAUGUGACAAUGUAGCUGAGAUAUGACAAAUGUGAUGGAGGAUAAAGUCAGAUGUGUGACGAAUGUCCGAAGUGCCAAGAUGUGUUGCUGAAAGGGCGCUAAAAUGUGCCAACAUUCACUCGCAUGGUUCAAAAUUGGCUUGAGAUGAGGGAUAAAAUGCAAGGGAAGUG